GACUGUAGGUAGUUGUUUGUCUAUUGCUGUUUGCUGCACUCAGCAAUCCGAGAACUACGUCCUUAUGUGGAUAUUUUUAGUCUAAUUGCAAUUUAUUCUUUAAUUGAUUAAAAUUAAUAAAAGUGUAUUGUUUAGUUUCGUAUAUUCUUUUACAAAGUUAAUUUUUCAGUCAUGUCCCUGCGCAAUGUACGUAAGCUUUAUGGUGCAACAGCUCUCCCUCCUCCAAAUGAAAGUUCUGAUGAAGAGUAUGAACCCCUUUAUGCAAAAAAUUCUGCACGUAGUGCUUAUGCAGGGUUGUUGUUGAGUUCAAGUUCUGAAGAUCAUGAAUCACCACUGGUUAGUGGAAAUAACUCUGGAGCUGAAGAUAUGAAAAAGAAAAAAAAGAAAAAGAAGAAGAGGCAAGAUAAAAUAAAACGAUCACCACAGAAUUCUUUUAAUGGUGGCAAGUUGGAUGAGAUUGAUAAAUCCUUAAUGGAAGUCAAUGCACUGCUUGGUGAACCUGAGCUGGAGGCUUCAUCGGAGUCAAAAUUUAAGCCAGACUUACUACAUAUUCUUUUCUCGGUCAAAUAUAAACAUCUUAAUGUCUCCAAUGAACUAUUGAAAAUGUUUGGGCCCGAGACACCUGAGGAGACACCACGACGCGUUGUUCAUGGCCGACAACCUAAUUUGAAACGUAUCCAGAAGUAUUCUAUAAUUCCUCAGGAAUUUAAUUUCAAGAAAUUGGGUUUGUCAAUGUCUGUUGACCGCCGUGAUCAUGGCAUUAGCUAUUUCGUUUAUGAUCACAGCAGGGAAUACCAACGUGUUCACAAAGAAUUCAUGGUGAUGCUUACACAGAGGGCUACCCACCUCAUGACACCAUUUGAGACAUCUUUGAAAAACAUGCAUGUUGAAGGAUUGCUGGAGGCUUCCGAUGUGAUGUUCCGCUUAGAAGAUUACUCUGCUGGUAAUAAAAUCGUGGAACAAGUAAUAGCAUACAUGCAGUUUGUUGCACAUCCAUCAUUCAAUGUCACCGAUAUGCGAGUACGUCUCGAAUACAAAUAUUUGGAAAACAGACCGUUCCACAUUGCUUUGCUAAAGUACUUACAUCUUCUUACAAAUAAGGCUUGCCAUCGCACAGCUCUUGAAAUAGCAAAGCUGAUGCUAAACUUGGACCCUUCCGAUCCUUUGGCGGUCAUCUUCAUUAUUGACACUGUUGCUCUCAGGGCUAGGGAACACCAAUGGCUUAUAGAUGCCAUAGAUUAUCUGAACAAGGAAAGGGAGGCUGGAUUCAUGUUUAAUAUUCAGUUCUCAUACGCCCUUGCGUAUUUCCAUGUCCUUACCAAGAACAAGCAAAGUAUCAAGAAAGCCGAUGAGCUACUACAAAAGGCCAUGGCAGGGUUCCCGUGGGCCUUAAUGCAAAUACUGCACAGUGCCAACUACACUCCCGAUGAACGUCUACGAGCUCAUCCGCUCUUUAACAGCUACGCUUUUUCCACGACAUGUAAGAACCUCAAAGACCUUAUACUUCUUUAUGCCACCUUCACCGGAGCUCGCUGGCGUGAACCGCCAGUUAUGGAGUGGCUAAUACGGAACGCCAACGAAUUGGCUGAUAGAUAUGACGUUGACUCAUCCAUCAAGGAGCAAACCCAGGGUCUGCAACAGGUGCGUCAAGUUCUAUUCCGCGGCUGGCCGGAGCAAGUUUAUCGUCACCUCAGUGUCAUCAAGACACUCUCCAACCUUCUGGUUGAUGGGGCGGUGCCACGUGUAGCGGCUACACGCUGCUACGACCCUGUCCCGCCUCGCGACGGCGUCAACCGUUACGGCUACACUCUCAUACCGCACACACACAUCAACCUCGGUAACGCUAUACUCACCGACUUCUUCACAUCCCUGUUACCGAACUACGACAUACCGCCCGAGGAUGAACAUCUGAACCACCGUUUCCGGCCAUCCAUACUAGAUUACCGUCUACCGCAAGAGAACAGAGCAGCUGACUCCGACGAUGGCGACGACGAGGGCGUCGGCCAGACGGAUUCAGACGACGACUUUGAUUUGGACGACGACGACAAUAACGAUAACCCAGAGAUCGUGAAUGCUGUGCGCGUCUUCGUAGACUCUGCCAACAUCGACUCCGACGACACUGACGAAUCCGACGACAUUGAUGACUCCGACGAUAUCGAUGACUCCGACGACAUCGACGACGACGGACGUGACACAUCCGAUUAAAUUAACGUCGAUAAAUACGUGUCGAAAUAUAUAAUCUAUUUAACAGUAGUUUCAAAGAUUAAUAUUUAUUGGAAUUUGAUGUCGUAGAUCGUGUUUCACGUUACGCUUCAUAUGUUCUUUUGAGGUCUAUGAAAAUAAAAAGGACGCAAGGGCAUUUCUCUCACUGAGUUAAUAGGAUCGGUGCGAGAUGGGAAACAUCUGCUGUCAACGUAUGUCCUUUCGAUAGAUUUUGUCGCUGAGAUUGCGCUGGAGUUUACUGACAGAUGGGCCUAAGUUGUUAGGCGAUUCUAUCUUCCAAAGUCUUCAGUAAUAUUUCUGUUUUCUAUUUGAUAUUCUAAUUAUUGGUUGCUAUUGAUAUCUUAAAAGUUCAAGUAUUUUACUCAUCACUGAUGUAGCAUCAUAAUCGCCUGAAACGUAUACUGUUUUCGUAGGAUUAAGUUAGUGAAUGGAUUGCUAUUGAAGAGAAUUAAAUAAAUGUUGAACUUUUUUUAUUUCUCCUCAAUGUAUUGGGAUUGAGUAUUAAAUACACAGUGACUGUUUGACAGUGGGAAAAGAGGUUAGCUAUAGUCACUUGAUGUACUAUUGGAUGUCCUAGAACUAUGUCUUUUAUCUUAAUUAAAUAUAUAUAUGUUGAUAUUA